CCGCUUGACCCUAUUUUUUCUGUAUCUCUUCUUUUAUAUAAAAUCUGUCUAUCCCCCACUCCAACAGCACCUUCCUGGUAGAAGAACACAUACGUACUUGCUCAGUUGCUUUCUUGGCACUACAGAAAAAAACAACCCCAGCCCUUAAACUACCCCAGCUCCUUUCUUUUUCGUCUUUCUCUCUCCUCUCUCUACCUUCUCCACGACCCAUUCUCUUAUGGACAUUGCCUCUGACUUUACAGCUGCGGAUUCCUCUAUCUUUAUUUGCCGUUGGGGCGAUUGCGCCAAGACUUACACAGAUGCUGAAAUACUUUACAGUCAUCUCACAAACGACCAUGUCGGCCGCAAAUCUACUGGCAAUCUAUGCCUCACCUGUCAUUGGGAACAAUGCGACGUCAGCGUAGUCAAACGAGACCAUAUCACUAGUCACUUGCGGGUGCACGUUCCUCUGAAACCGCACCACUGCGGUUUUUGCGAAAAGUCAUUCAAACGACCGCAAGACUUAAAGAAACAUGAGAAAAUACACAACGACGAGCGAACAAACAAUAGCCGCCCUUCAUCAAAAAUCAUGCAACCCCUUACUCCACCGAGACAACCCGACAUGGGCCUGCUCCCACUUGUCAAGGAGCGCAACAUCCCUGGCGUCCCUGUCUCCCCGCCACAAAGCAUCUACUCUGAGGACGACAGCUUGAGCUGGAUUCACCACCACAGCAAUAGCAUCUCUCCCGCCACAUCCGCAUCCGACCACUUUAGCGUUGAUUAUAACCGCAAACCACCCACCGUACCCUCGCAAAACCUCUAUGCCGUACCUCCUUUUGAUCCGCAACAACAGCCACAUCAUCAUAGUCAUAAUCAUCAUCAUCAACAACAUUCGCCCGACCAGCUCAUUUCGAACAUGAUUUUCCCCGCCAUGGAUGCGCCAGAAUACAACCAAGGUGUUGCAGAUCAGCUGAAUGUACUGCAAAACAUGCUUGAUGCUGGUGCGGUGAGUCCAGCUGACUUGAGCAUGAAUGUGACCAGCGAUCAAGAAUUGGCUGACAUCAAUGCUUGGCUCGAACGCCUUUCACAAAAAAUACCGCCCGCCGAAGAUGCCAUGAUGAUGGAUCCUGCUGCAAAUGUAAAUACAGCAACACCAACCUCAGCAACAUCAACCUCAACAGACAUGUACGGUCUUUCAUGCUAUGACAACACACAACAUAUGCUAUCCUCCUACGACCAUCCUGGCGCGGCAGCAGCGACAACAGUUGCCAAUGUUAACAACGGUGGAGGACUAUACCCGUCGUCAUCAUCACAAGAACAAGAAAUGUAUGUCCGUUCUCAUCCAAUGUCCAACAUGGAUGGAGGCUUGUACAGCGAUUUGAUGGCUGCAAAUCAUCAAGAUGUGAUGAUGGGCAUGCAGCCCACAGGAGCAAAUGGUUAUGAUCCAAACGAUAUGCUUGUAAGCCAACGCGAUCAUAUCAUGAAUGUACCCGACAUCACAUCCAGCUACUUUGACCACGACCUUCGAACCGCCGUGAAUUUCACCAGUCAUAAUCCGUCCUCUUCCAAGAAUCACCAAACCCACAAGACACCUAGCGCGGGUCUGGUAGACAAGGCCACGGCAGAACAGUCAUUUACACCUACCAAGUCUGCCCGUGGUGUAUCUACUGACGACAAGAAGAAACUUACCACGAUGGUCAACGUCUUUAACGACAAAGGAAACAUGACGUCGUCUUCUUCACGGUCCAAAUCAUCACCGGUGGUGCCGACGACCCAUGACAACUACAAAGAUGAAGAAGAAGAUAAAGAGAUUAAGGUCAAGUCAGAAGAGCAAAAGAAGACAAUGUCACCAAAGAAUCAAGAUGUUCUGGAUAUCCUUGCCCGAGACAUGUCCGAUAUGAGCUUAAAGAAGAAAAAGCAAAAAGAUCAACAACGACCGUCAGCAACAAAGGAAGAGGACGAAGAAGCAUCACUGUAUCCUGACCUGAACAAAGCAACAGACAAGAACAACAAGAAGAUUUCUGAAGCUCAGCGUCAUCGUUUACUGCUCCAACUUAUCCGUCAACAAAUCAAUCAAGCAUACAAGAGUGGCGUCAAUGUAUGUAGCACUCCUUCACGCACACCCUCCACAGGUGUUGUGCCAGUGCAAUGAAAGCUUCAUCCCUACUACGUACACAUUCCUUUGCUAUAGCCCAUUUGUUUUUCUCGCCCGUUUUUUUGUACAGCGUUUUUCCAAUUCUUCUUUUUUUCACGUUUAUCAUGUUUUGCAAAAGACUCAAUAAAUGAAAGCAUAUUCAUUUUCGAUUA